AUGAGUGAGGAAAAAAGUGUGGUAAUCAGUGGAUUUAGAGCAUCUGGACACUACCCGCUUAAUUUUGAAGCUGUAAAUUACAAUGUGUUAAACAAAAAGAAGCGACCCAAUGAAACUGUAGUUCAACAAUCCGACUCAUGCAAUUUCAACCUACUUGAAGCAUUUCAGAAGAGUUUACCAAUUGAAACCCUUGCCAAGUUUCACACUGCAUAUGAAGCUGGAUCUUGGACGGGCAAUAUAGAAAAAAAAGCUAUGUUAGAGUAUUGGGUGAAGCUUAGUGGAAAAUCUUUCGAUGAGAUUGAUAAUGAGUGUCGUGUUAUUGAUAGUUUGAAUAUGCCUAACACUCAUCAAGUACCCGAAGAUCCUGCAUUAAUAAUUAACACUCCUAAUCACCUACCACUACGUACUUCUCCAUUACCUAUCAAUGUUGAGCAAUUAAUUCAUGCUGAUAGUUUACCUUUGUUGACUGAAAACAUUGACUCAAACGAUCAAAUAAGAAAUCUUUUACAAGAUAAUAAUGUUCCUAUGUUGCAACAGUCAGGUAUAGUUCAAAUCUCUUCAGAUGAUAUUCUUAAUGCAGACAUUACAAGUAGAGAUUUGCCAUACUGUAAUGAGCAGGACGAAUUACAAAGUAUAGGUCAAACUCAACCGCUCGGCAACAUUCAACCGGGCAGCAACGCUUGGCAGAAUCGGGUUGGGAGUUCGGCUCGGUCGCAGGAUGAUAGAUCGGCUCCUCCAGUGUUCUUGUGCACCUACUGCAACCAGCAACACUUUAUUGCUUGCUGUCCGGCAUUCGCGGCCCUCUCCAUUGACCAACGAUACCAGUUCGUGGAUGAAAAGCCUUUGUGCUUCAACUGUUUGGGCCGCCAUGCUGCUGCUAAGUGUAUGGACACGAAGAGGUGCCAAACCUGUGCAGUAGCCCAGGUACGUGCUCCAGCUGCACAUCAUCAUCUUAUGCUUCUGAUCGAUCAAGGUUCAGAAUUAUCAUAUAUUUCGGAAGAUGCUGUGAAGCGUCUGCAGCUGACGUGCACGAAGUCCAACAUCUGUAUCCUGGGCAUUGGAGGCAACGUAGUCAGUAAAGCACUUGGUAAAGUAGAACUCAGAUUGUUUUCAUUAUAUUCUGACUCCAGCGUCGAUGUGGUGCUCUACGUCUUGCCUAGAGUAACAGCUCCACUACCAUCUUUUCAAUACUUGCUACUUUACACUGACUACUAUUCAGCUAUAAUCACCUCAGAUAUGCUCAGAGGUUCUUUAUCAGAACCUAUCGCUCAACGUAUACUGUUUGGUUGGAUUUUAUUGGGUUGCAUUAACCAGUCUGUUACAAAGAUUAAUCGUCACACUCAUCAUAUCGUUUCAAAAAUAGAAGAUAAACUUCAGGAAUUACUCAUCAACUUCUGGAUUCAAGAAGAGGUCCCUUCAAAGUCAAGCUCGCAGCUUACACCAGAGGAACAGGAGUGUGAGGAACACUUCGUGCGAACUCACUCUCGGGAUAGCACCGGAAGAUAUGUGGUGAAACUUCCUCUGAAGCAAUCUCCAUCUCUGCUGGGCAACUCAGUCAACCGUGCUCGUAAAUGCUUCGAUCGCACGGUGGCCAGGCUCAAAACAGACGACAAGUACGACAAGCUCUAUACAGAUUUCAUGAAUGAAUAUUUGAGUCUUGGCCAUAUGCGACCGGUGCCUGCAGAUGAGCUCAACAUCAAGCCUCAUUUUUAUCUGCCUCAUCACGGCGUAUUGAAGAAAGAUGGAGACAACGCCAAAAUCAGGGUGGUUUUCAAUGGAUCAGCCCUUACUUCCUCUGGACAUUCACUCAACAGCAUAACUCACACGGGACCUAAUCUACUGCCCAACAUAACAGAUAUACUCUUCUGGUUACGCACAUUCAAAUGGACUUUCUCUGCGGACAUCUCCAAGAUGUAUCGUCAGAUCAAGGUUCAUCCAGACGAUUGGGAUCUUCAGCGAAUCAUCUGGCAUAGCAAAACUCACGAGGAAGAUCACUUCCAGCUCACCACAGUGACCUACGGGACGAGGCCUACUCCAUUUCUGGCCACACGCUCACUGCUGCAGCUGGUGAAGGAUGAAGGGCACCGUUACCCCCAGGCGGCCCGGAUUCUCACCAGCGGCAGAUAUGUGGACGACAUUUUUGGUGGAGCGGAGACUCCAGAUGAGUUGAACGAGCAGGCCCUCCAACUCAAGGAGCUGUGCAUGGCGGGCGGAUUGCCCCUGGCUAAGUGGCACUCAAACUCGCCAGGAUUCAGUUACUCAAACUCCAGUGAAGAAUUAUACACACUCAAGCCUCUCAGUCAAACUUCAACGAAGAGAACAAUUCUUUCAGAAAUAUCUCAAAUCUUCGAUCCUCUUGGAAUAGUUGCUCCAGUGAUUGUUGCAGCCAAACUCAUCAUUCAGGAAUUGUGGCUACAAAUACGAGAUGAUCUAGCCAAACUCUCCGGAGUGACAGUUCCUAGAUGGCUUGGAGCACAUCCUUCUUCUACAGUGGAACUCCAUGGCUUUGCUGAUGCGUCUCAGGAUGCUAUGGGUGCUGUGAUUUAUCUGGUGAUAAAGUUAGACUCAGCCACGUCAAGCUCAUUCGUCUGCUCCAAGACGAAAGUAUCACCACUGAAGAGGAUGUCAAUACCAAGGUUAGAGUUAACAGCAGCUCUCAUCCUGGCUAAACUCACUAAGUAUGUCACCGACCAACUCACACUCCAUAUCAGCAACAUUCACUUAUGGACAGAUUCGUCAGUCACACUCUAUUGGAUUUCUUCUCAUCCAAAUAAGUGGAAGGAUUUCGUCAGGAAUCGAGUUGCAGCGAUUCGGGAUUUGGCUCUGGUGGCAUGGACCAGAGUGGAUGAUACAACCCCAGGAUGGCAGCAUUGGUGUCAUCAGUCUCGGACUCAGGAGUUCCUGCUCAGGCUCACUCAGUCCAGCUCCACAUUGCACAAACUCUAUCGUAUCACAGCCACCCUCUUACUUGCUUGUGCCAAGUUCAAAGCCUUACUCACACACCAGGAAUCAUCCGUAGCUGUCACUGCAGAACUCAUCACUCAAGCUAAGCUCUUACUCAUCAGAUUAACUCAACAGGAAUGUUUCAAGGAGGAAAUCAAGAUGCUCAAAUCAGGUUCUCUCCCAAAGGACCAUGUUUUCCACCGGUUGAUGGCAUAUACUGAUGAUGCUGGAAUACUGCGUGUGGGAGGCAGACUCAUGAAUGCCGGGCUCAGACCUGAUGCAAAACACCCUGCCCUACUUCCUCGUCAAGCUCAAUUCACCAGUUUGGUUAUCGAUCAGGCUCAUCGGCAAACUCUACAUGGAGGAACUCAGCUCACUCUUAGCAAAACUCGUCAAGAGUUUUGGAUAAUCGGUGGAAGGGCCCCCAUCCGAUCCAGAAUCCUCUACUGUGUCAAAUGUGCCAGGUACCAGGCACAAAGAGCACAACAACUCAUGGGACAGUUAUCCAAGGCCAGGGUGACUCCCUCCAGACCGUUUGCUCACACAGGUAUCGACUACGCAGGUCCGAUACAUCUCAAAUCUUGGCGCGGCAGAGGAUCGAAGACAUACAAGGGUUGGAUGUGUGUGUUCGUGUGUUUUUCGACCUCUGCUGUGCAUCUCGAAGCAGUGACAGAUUACUCUACCGAAGGAUUCUUGUCAGCGUAUUGGCGAUUUGUCUCACGUCGGGGACGUCCAUUUAAGUUGUAUUCUGAUUGUGGGACGAACUUCGCUGGUGCAGACAGGGCUCUUCAACAGUUAUACUCAGAAGCAAUCAGUCAAAAUUCUCAUCUAUCAGCCAUGCUCGCCCAAGAUGGAACGUCAUGGCACUUCAACCCUCCAGCUGCUCCUCACAUGGGAGGAAAAUGGGAGGCAGUAGUGAAGUCGAUGAAACACCAUCUCCAUCGGACUAUGGGAGAGACUCUUUACACGCUUGAAGAGAUCACGACGUUGCUUACUCAAAUCGAAGCAAUACUUAACUCUAGACCACUAGAACCACUUACCAAUGAUCCAGAGGAUUUAGACACGCUCACUCCAGGACACUUCUUAGUCGGAUCGGCGCUAAACUCACCACCACAGCCGUGCUUGUUGGAUUUACCUCCAGCAAGGCUCACUCGCUGGCAGCUGAUCCAAGCUCAAAAACAAAGGUUUUGGAAGCAGUGGUCUACACAGUACUUGCUUAGAUUAAACUCAAUCUCCAAGUGGCAUACUCCAGCUCAUGACAUCAAGACAGGCUCAUUGGUGCUUAUAACUAGUGAGACUCUACCACCAGGAAAGUGGCCGCUGGCCAGAGUCGUCGAUGUCCACCCAGGCAAGGAUGGCCUGGUUAGAGUGGUGACUCUCAAGACCUCAGUGGGCGCGCUCAGGAGACCAAUUCACAAGUUGGUGCCACUGCCGGUCUACGGCUGUUGUCAGCCGUUGACUGACGGCGGGCGGAAUGUUGGAAUGAGAGCGACCGACAGUUUUCGCAGACUGUACUACCAGGAACAUGGCACCUGGCGGAUACUUUUUAGUAUCCUGACAAGAAUGUGA